GAUGGGUGGUCAAGUGCUGGGCCGGCCGCCUAGUCUGUCCCAGAGAUGCCCAGUGCUGGCAGCCAGCCCCAGUGCCUGCCAGGCCCGCGGCCCGAACCACUGCUGCCGGCCCGGCUGCACGGCACCCACUGGCCACAUUUUUCCACCUGUUUUUCCGAGUGAGUGCUAUUAUUACCUACUUGUUCUGUGACUGGUUCAGCAACAGCUUUGUUGCCUGUUUUGUCACUAUUCUCCUCCUUCUAUCAUUUGACUUUUGGUCAGUUAAGAAUGUGACAGGAAGGCUUUUGGUUGGUUUGCGUUGGUGGAACCAGAUUGAUGAAGAUGGAAAAAGCCACUGGGUGUUUGAAGCAAAAAGGGUGCCUACAAUAGCUGCCUCAACUGAAGCUGAAGCUCGAAUCUUUUGGCUUGGUCUCAUUAUCUGUCCAGUUAUUUGGACGGUGUUUUUCUUUAGCACCUUGUUCUCCUUGAAGCUGAAAUGGCUGGCUCUUGUGAUAGCUGGGAUCUCCCUUCAGACUGCCAAUUUAUAUGGCUACAUCCACUGCAAAUUAGGGGGACAAAAAAGCAUCAGCAGAGUGACUUCAAGGUUUUUUGUCACAGCAGAUGUUCCUAAGAGUAAGUACUGUGUUGGUCUGUCAGCUACAGCUCAUCAAGUAUCACAUACUGACCUGCCUUAUGCUGCUGGUUUUGCCUCUUCCCAGGUCUUAGUUCCUAAAAAUCACUCCCAGCAGGGCCAUCUUGAUUCUCCACUGGGCCUCGCUGAUGGAACUCGCUCAGAGGGGCCAUACCCCAUGUCACUUUGCUCUGUGUUUGGAAGCCUGCUGAAGCUUCACAACUGA